CCUAAUUUCUAACUUGGAAAAAAAGUUUGAACGAUGAUGGAAAUCGAUGCUCCGAAGCAACCAGAGUCGAAGCAGAUCAGAGACGAAGAGCUAUUCAAAGCAGCGGAGUGGGGUGAUUCGUCCUUGUUCGUGUCUUUAUCUCCAGAACAGCUCGCGAACUCUCUCAAAUUCAGAAACGAAGACGGUCGCUCUCUCCUCCAUGUCGCAGCUUCCUUUGGCCAUUCUCAAAUAGUUAAGUUGCUAUCAAGUUCAGAUGCGGCAAAGACUGUAAUCAAUAGCAAUGAUGAUGAAGGAUGGGCUCCUUUGCAUUCCGCUGCUAGCAUUGGUAAUGCUGAGCUUGUUGAGCUGCUUUUGGCCAGAGGUGCUGAUGUUAAUGCCAAAAACAAUGGUGGUCGCACUGCCCUUCACUAUGCUGCUAGCAAAGGCUGGUUGGAGAUUGCUCAGCUUUUAUUAACACACGGUGCAAAGAUUAACAUCACAGACAAGGUUGGUUGCACUCCACUUCACAGGGCAGCAAGCGUUGGAAAGUUAGAUAUGUGUGAAUUUCUUAUUGAAGAAGGAGCGGAAAUCGAUGCUACGGACAAAAUGGGCCAAACGGCACUCAUGCAUUCAGUCAUCUGCGGUGACAAGCAGGUGGCGUUCCUGCUUAUAAGACAUGGUGCAGAUAUGGAUGUAGAAGACAAAGAAGGUUACACUGUUCUAGGCCGAGCUACCAGCGAAUUCCGACCAGCUCUUAUAGAUGCUGCAAAAGCCAUGCUUGAAGGAUAAAAUGACUCUGAAUUACAUUAAAAGUCACUAACUUGAGAGUCUUGUUUAGUUCAACUCUAUCUUCUUUCAAUAGCAGGCAAUAAUAAAAGGAUUAUUCUUUUAUCUGUUCA